UUUGAGAUAAAUUCUUGUUCAGUACACUUUGUAUGUAAUUAUAACAGAAAAUAUAAUUUGUGGAUGUAUUUCUAUAAAUGUUACGUCCGGUCGACGCUCUAGUUAGAUGACCCCGUCUUCACCAGAUAUGGAAUAAUCAAUAUUGACGCACGUCUAGCGAUGACGAUGUUUACUACACGAAAUUUACACAAUUCAUGAGGCAUAACGUGGGUAAUUAACGCCCCCUAAUCGCUAAUGGUAAAAUCAAGGCUCUUUGCAUUCAUUUACAAGUUCACAGUAUAAUUACGUAUUUGGUUACCUUCAAUGAAUGUUGCUAUCUUUAUUUUAUAGAAAUUAAUAUAUGACUGUGUUAUUUUAAGUUUUUUUUUGGCAGAAUUUAAACAAAAUGCGAGUUGACUGAAAAAUUGCCAAUAAAAGAAUUUCUUUGGCAUGUUGGUUGCCUAAUGUCAACGAUCAUGAAAAUUAUAAAAUACAAAUAUUGUGGUUGUUGUAUGGAAAACAGUUUUCUGAAAGCUAGCGCGCACGCAUGCACUCGAUUCGCAGUCGGCAUUGGUGGUGCUGCGGGAUUGCGCUCCAAUAAUAACACCGCCGAGCCAGUUGUAGUUGUACGCUAGACGCGGUCGCGCGCUAAACCGAGCUGCGCGAGCAAACGAGGAGUAAGCGCACUAGCAAACCCCGUAUAGUAUUUACACAAUAAAUUGUGUAAACAGGUGGGCAUCGUUGCGUGUUCAGGGCGCAAUCGAUUCAAAGAAGUUCGCCGGCGGCCACGAUCGGCGUGAUUCGUGAAGAUCGUGAAUGAAAGGAUGUCGCGCGCGGCCAGUGCGACGGCGGCAGGGCGGCGAUGUGUGCCGCAAUAACAAGUUGAUGUCGAGCGACGGCUUCGCGUCGUCAAGGCGAAUCGUCACGGCACGCCAGUGAGUUACUGCCGCGGGCGGCGCGCGCUCUUCACGGCGCAUUGUUUUCCUGACAACGAGAAGAGGCGAUUCCGCCGCUGCGAACGAUCCAAAAUGGGCACCAGCAUCCCUGUGCUUCUAGUCACUGCGAACGUGGGAUCGAUAUUCGAAAACCCCUCUGUAAUGUUGCAAGUCUGGACUGAUGAAUUUCUUUCAAAAAUAUCAAAGCUAUCACCAAAGUUUAUUGCAUUGCAUUGCCAGGAAGUUGGAGGAAAAAACUAUGAGAAUAGUAUGAAGCAUGUUGAGCAUUUUGUCAACUUGCUGAUGUCCUCAAAUGAGCUGAGACCUUAUGACAAAGUCAGAGUGUAUCUGGAUGAAGAUUACAGCUCAGCAGAACACUUCACAGCAUUAGGAAACUUCUACUUCAUUCAUGAAUCCAUUGAAAAUGUACAAAUAUGGAACUUCAAAGAAGCAACUUUUCUUCCAUGUGUUGGAAAAGAAACACAUUCAGGCAAUAUUGAAGCAGUUGAGACCAAAGAGAAGUCCAAAUUUCCACAAAACUUUUUUCCAGAAUGUAAAUGGUCACGAAAAGGUUUCCUUCGCACGCGUUGGUCGAUCGAAGGCAGUGUAUUUGAUUUGAUCAACAUCCAUCUGUUCCACGACGCGUCAAAUUUUGUCGCGAUGGAGGCGUACCCGUCGGUGUACUGUGCGAAUCGGCGGCGAGCGCUUGAGCACACGCUGCAGCGUUUCCACAACGACGAGUACGACAACGUGCCGUACAUCCUCUUCGGCGACUUCAACUUCCGGACCGAUACUGACGGCGUUAUCAAGAAACUCACCGAGGGCCUGACAACCGUUCGAAUACAGAACAAUAAGAACAACGAGUUUUCCAAGCUGCAGUACCGGAACGAGGAUCAGGACGCUGUACUCACGGUUGGCAAGAAGGAAUUUAAUCAUGCGGAUCACCAGGGAGUUUUCAGUCAACAACCAGACGAUUGGUUAAAACCAUAUGAUAAGGAAGUAGAUGCGUUCAAGGAGACGCUUCUUGAAUUUCCGAUAACGUUUGCCCCUUCGUAUCCAUUCGAGGAGGCCAUGUCGAAAGCGUCGAGCUACAUGCAAACGCGCUGCCCGGCGUGGUGCGACCGCGUCCUCCUCAGCCACACAGCCAAAAAGUUAAUUGAUGAGACUGACCAUAUAGAAUAUGAUCUCAUGGGACAGAACACCUGCAUGGGAGACCAUAAGCCGGUGUAUUUGCGAACGUCAAUCCUAACCAACUCAGGCCUGAACGUACGGAAUGCGGACCAUAAAAUCACACCGUCUCUAAUUGCGAAUAGUAACGAUAGCGUUAUCGAUUCGUCUACGGUGACGAGAUAUAUUUAUAUUAAGAAUAUCGACAACCCCGUGAAAAUAUUUCGCGAGACAACCGUCUAAACAAAACUUGAAAAAAUGGGCUAAAUUGCUUCUAAAUCUACAAAUGAAAAUUCAUUUAUAAAAAGAGAGCUCUUAUUGAACGUAAUUUUUCAUCAUUAGGUUUCAUAUUAUUUCUAAUGAUUAGUUUUAUCAUAUUGCGAUUAGCUGAUAAUCGUUUUAUAGUUUUAUAAUUUAUGAUAGUCAAUGCAAGCUCACGGAAUGCAGGAAUGCAAGCGGAUACGAUGGGGAUGAACAUAUUUAAGAAGUCUAAAAUAAUAUCGUUGUUAAACUGGUGACUGUUUUAUCUGUGUACGAGGAAAAAAAAUUGAAAUAUUUUAUCGAUGUUUUUAAAUGUAUCACGUAUAUUCUAUGUUGUUAACACGCGCCGCGCGUUACCAGUCACAUUAAGUAAGAAAUACUCAAUGAUGAGGAGGUGUUACUGGAAUCUACGUAUUAAUUGUACUUAUCAAAUUAUGAAAGCAACUUCCAAAAAGAAAUCUGUGUUACAGACUUACUCCACUUUCAAGUAGCAGCUACAUGUCCAUUUCAUUUCAUAUAUGUUGUAACUUUUCGAACAUUUUCAUAGUAUAUAUUGACGUAGAGAUAUACUAGAUUGGAUCAAUUAGAAGAAUCUUAAGAAAAGUGUGGUGUGUAUUUAAUAAUUACGAGUAGUUUGGUGUGACAGAGAGAUAAUUUCAAAUAGAAUUUGCACUUUGUAGUGAGUUUAACGUUUUAUCUUCUCAGCUCUCUCACUUACAGCUUACCGAAGAAUCCGAAAUGGACAUGUUGCUAAGAAAAAUGUCACGCCCACCGUAACUCAAUAUUUUUUGAUGCAGUUUAUAUUUACAACAACCAUAAAUCAUCGAUUAAAAAAACAUAUAUUAAAAAGAAACCAAACGGAAUAAAAUAUAAAGUGCUAGUCAUGUAUGUACACUUAAUAAUACCCUUUGUACGAUACAAAAUUUAAUAUGUCUUUAUUAAGAAUUAUACACACAAAAAUGCCGAUCGCGCCAAUAUGAUAAUAUUACAGUUUGUAACAUUCGCGAUGAAUUUGUCACUUAUUUGAUGGUGCAAACAAAACAUUAUUGGCCCCAAUGCAAAAUCAACUGAAAACCAAAUAUUAUAAUAUGAUGUAUAAGUGUGUAAUAAUGUCCACAGUUUGUUGCAUAUGCAAUUAUUAAUCGAAUCAGUCGCAAACAGUCCAAUUAACUUAUAACAAAAAGAAAAAGUCGGGUUUUACGUACAUAUUUAGACGAAACAAUGAUAACCCGAAUGAAUAAUAUUCUCAGUGAAUGCGCCGCAACCACAACUAAAACCAAGAUGAAAUAAAUGUUUGGUGUAACAAUGAUGUAAAUUGUAAAAGAAUAAACUGAUAACGUAUCUAAAUGGAA